GUUAUGUCGUGUUUUCCAUGGACAGGAAAAGCUAUUUAUUUGAAAAAUGCAAGAACUUUCGAACAAGAUAGAUGUUCUUCUUAAUAAUUUCCAAGAGUUGACUAAGAAAACUGAACUUUUCUUGGACUGUGAUGUCUCCCUACAAAACAGAGUAAAAACCAACUUGAAACAUGUAUACGAUUUUUUGAAAUCAGAAGAAGUUGGGGUUCGAUCAACAGAUGCCUUACCAGAAUUAUUAAUCAGAAAUUUUGAUGAUGAACAAAUUUGGCAAGAACUUGAACUUCAGAAUGAUCAGUUACUGACUACUUCAUUGAAAAAUGUUAGUAAGCUACUUGUCAACAAGGAAACAUUGAUGUUUUCAAAUCUGCAAAAUGAAGUCAAGGAGAUUGAAGAGUCUGUUGAAUCUGUAGAGAAUGAAAGUAAAUUAUCCCUAGAACCUGAGGAUGAAGAAGAUUCAGAUAAUGACCAUGAUUCAGGAAAUACGAGUCACAAUUCAGAGAAUGAAUUAGACAUAGGAGAGGGCGAUGAAAAUGAUGAAGAUUCUCCUGACAGUCCUUGCAUUACAGAGUCAAAACCUCACAGAAAAGGAAGGCAAUCUGAAGUAGAAGAUGACUUCUUCAAAUUGGAUGAAAUGGAAAACUUUUUGAGAUCAGAAGAGCAGAAACUUGAUAAUCCUGAAUCCAAAAAAGAUAAUACUGAAGAAUCUGAGGGGUCUGAGGAAGAAAGUGUUGACUUUUUUGAGGAUAACUCAGAUGAAGAGGAUGAAUCAUCCAAAACAGCUAGGUUCAAGGACUUUUUUAAAGCCAAUGAGGAACCUAAUGCCAUAAGUAAAGCACCCAAAAGAAACAAGUUCCUGGAAGACAUGGAUGAGAAUGAUGAACAAGAUGACCAAGUUCCAGAGCCCCAACAGAAAUCAAGUUUGGAAUUAAGAGAAGAAAGGUUGAUGAAAAAAAUUGGACAUCUUGAAAGAGCUGCAGUUGGUGAAAAACCAUGGCCUCUGAAAGGUGAAAUUAAGGCUGACAGUAGACCAGUGAAUUCACUGCUUGAAGAAGUUCUAGAAUUUGAUUUAACAUCAAGACCAGCACCUGUGAUAACUGAGGAGACUACCCUACAGUUGGAAGACAUCAUAAAGCAGAGAAUAAAAGAUAAAGUUUUUGACAGUGUGGAAAGAAAGGCCAAACCAGUGAAUACACCAAUGGAAUUCAAGAAAAAGUUAGUCCUAGACCAGGAAAAAAGCAAACAAUCACUAGCACAGAUAUAUGAGAAGGAAUACAUCAACCAACAAGCUGCCCUAGAUCCUGACAAUCAAGAUAAAGAAGAAGUGGAACCACAGCUGCACAAAGAAAUACAAACCAUGAUGAGAGACCUCUUCAACAAGUUAGAUGCACUUUCUAACUACCAUUUCACUCCAAAACCUGCUAUACCAGAGCUAAAAAUAGUUAACAAUCUACCAGCUAUUAGCAUGGAAGAAGUAGCCCCAGUGACUGCUAGUGAUGCAGCUUUGUUGGCUCCUGAGGAAGUUCGAAAUAAGACAAAAGGAGAUAUAGUGGGUAAAUCUGAGAGGACCACCAGUGAUAAAAAUAGAGAAAGAAGAAAAAAGAAGGCAAAACAGAAAGCUCAUCUCAAGAAUUUACCUAUCAAUAAAAACAUGCUGGGUCCUAGGAAACAUACUAAUCAGAAGAAUUUGAAUUCAAAUAAAAAAGGAGUUAAAAGCAAGAAUGUUGAGAAUAUGGAGCAAUCUCUCAGUACAAAGAGUUUCAAGUCAUCAAAGGCAUUCUUCACAGAAUUGCAAGAACAAGUUCAUUCUCACAUAAGUGAAAAAGUACUAGCAAAGAAGAGAAAGAAGGUUGGUAAAAAGCUGGAGGCAAAAAGAAUCAAAUUGUAGUGCUUGUAAUUUUCUUUGUAAAUUUGGUGAAAGUAAAAGUGAAUUUC